AAGUAGUAGGCUUUGAAAACAAAUCGCACAGUGACGCUGUCAUUUCGAAUUUUCGGAUUGAAAACGCACUGUACACGGGAUUUUUUUCUUUUUCGUUAACUGAGGAGGAAUAUAUACUCUUAUGUUGCCCAAUCGGAUUUGUAAUUCUACUAGAGGUGUAAUUUCCGGUUAUUAAAAAGUGAGAGUUUCUUAUAAUAAUUUGGGAUUCAUUUUUGCCGCUAGAGUGAUUGCAGUUUUAUCAAGAUGUGGUGGACUCUACUGCCCAUAUUACUUCUCCCUCUAACCUCCAAGGCGCGGAUGGACUGCUCCAAAGCAGAAUACGACAGAUGCGUGCGCAUCGCGGAUCCUUUGGUCAAGGAAGCCCACCUGGUGUUCCCUGAUAAUGUCAAUGACAUCGAUCAAGUGUGCACCACGUGGAACCUAUUCGUCGACUGUCUCAAAGCGUAUACUGAUGACUGUUUCACCGAUCAACAGAGGAGGCAGUUCAACAGGGCUGUUGAAAGCCCCAUCGAGAGCAUACAUCAGAUGUGCAUGCAGCCCAGUUAUCAGAAGGAAUACUUACAAUAUGCUCCCUGCAUCAAGAGUACUAUCAUCCAGAGGAUGCAUUGUGGUCAUCAGUACGAUCUCUUAGUGGAACUGGUUGAUCAAGGAGACAUCAUUUCCAAAUCGACACUUUGCUGUUCUCAUGAUCGAUUCAAGCAAUGUGUCCAACGGGAAACGAGACAACUGUGCGAUAGAGGAGCCACGAACGGACCAGCGAACAAAUUUGCCACCGAAAUCAUCGAUAAAGCUUUGAAGUUUCUUCAAGAUCAAUGUCUCAACUACAUUCCGAAUUCCGGCGACUGUGCAGUUCACCCCACCGACCCAUACGCCGACCGUUCCGACCCCAUGGGGGUGUCUGGCUCCCCCACCGAUCUGUACGCUUGGAGCACCCUGCAGGACCCCCCGAAGCCCAAGGAGGACAGACAACUACCCCCGAGUGUUGUCCCAUCCACGUACCCUUGGGGAACAUCUACCAGCAGCAGCUUGUCUUCUUCUGAUUAUCCCACGCAGUUGCUUGGAUCCAGAACAAGACCAGCUUCCUAUGGCCGUGCUAGCACUUGGUCGGAUAACAACAAUAACGUUCAACAGGUGGCUAGUAAUACAGUGAGAAUGUAUCCAGACGUGGGGACUACAACAAAGUCUACUUGGAGAGAUUGGAAUUCUGUCCCCAGUUGGAGCACGACCAGGGGACAGCAAAGUACAACAGGAGCAAGUGUGGGGGUUUCAAGAAAUACAGCUAGAGUUUACUCUUCACCUUGGAAUACUCCAUCAACUACUACUGAAACGUGGUAUCCGGCCGCAGGCAAUCAACUCAACAAUGAAGUUGAUGAACCGAACCAACUCGGUUUGAAAAAACCUAAAAAUUCUGCCGAACGAUUUUCUAGGAAUGCGAUAUUGAUAUUUGUCACUCUAUUAAAUAUAUUGGUCAGAUGUUAUUGAAACAUGAAACUGCAUGAAAAGAUGAAUAUGAACUUAAUAAUUGGUGCUUAUAUAAAUAUAUAGUUAUUGAUAUGGAAGGAUGAUUAUAUAAUAACUGAUUUUUAUUCAUCAUCUACACAUCUUCAUACCAAAGAAAAUUAUUCAAGAUCAAAUGUGGUCUAAUAUUCAUAAUAAACCACCAACAAUUUUUUAUUGAGUUAUGUCAUGAAACAUAUAUUAUAUGAUAUGGGCGAUAGUCUCCCGAAAAAAAAUAGGGUAAGUUUCAACAAAAAUUGAGCAGAAAUAUAAAAAUUUAAAGGAUUGAAAAUAUAUGCAGGUAUGAAAGAAUAUCAUUUUAUAACA